GUCACGGACUGGGACCAGCCUAACGCAUCGUGGGACACUGCAAAAUGCAGUGACCCGGAGCUCUGCGGGGAGGAACAACCCUCAAUUCUGGUGGGGAGAGGCAGCUGGAAAUACCCCAGGUCUCCCCGCGAUCGUCAUCAAUGGCCCCCAGUCUCUACCAUUUGUGCACGACCAUUGUCUUGUUCUUCAACAGGACUUUGGCGCAACUUUGUUUUCGACAUCUCCCGUUGAAAGUUGACGAUCCAGAGCCAGAGCAAUGGCGUUGACCACAGUUCUCCCAGUUGCAGGUGGCCUCCUCUGCGCAUUUUUGUUCUAUGCCAUUGUCUUCGUCGGGCGACGAGAGAAAGGUCUACCUCCAGGCCCGCCUACCGCUCCAAUCAUUGGCAACGCUCAUCAAAUUCCAACGAAAGGAUCCUAUCUGAAAUUCACAGAAUGGGCCAAAACCUAUGGCGGCAUCUUCUCACUCAAACUCGGCCCGGCCACGGCCAUCGUCCUCACGGACCGACACCUAGUCAAGCAGCUCAUCGACAAGAAAUCUGGCAUCUACAGCAAUCGUCCCCACAGCUACGUCUCGCACAACCUGAUCACAGGAGGCGACCACGUCCUGAUCGCGCACUACGGCAAAGUGUGGCAGCGCUAUCGUAAAGUUAUCCAUCAGCACUUCAUGGAAAGCAUCGUGAUGAAAGACCAUCUCCCUCUCCAACAAGCUGAGGCAAGCCAGUUGCUGCACGACUUCCUGGUCAAUCCCUCCCAGCACAUGUGGCAUCCGAAACGGUACACAAACAGCAUAGCAUGCGGCACCAUCUGGGGCGUGCGCAGCCCAGACAUCGACACUCCGCAUAUGAAGCGCCUCUAUGACUUGAUGGAACACUGGUCGGUAGUCAUGGAACCCGGUAACACCCCACCAGUUGACAUAUUCCCAUUCCUGCACUACAUCCCCGAAGCGGUGUUCGGCAACUGGCGCUCGCGAGCAAGUGACGUCGGCGAUGCCAUGAAUGGGCUUUACGGUGAUAUGCUGACGGGUCUGGAGAAGCGGCGCGAAGCCGUGGGACCCAAGUACAGUUUCAUGGACAGAGUGCUCGAUCAGAAGGACAAGCUUGAGUUGACGAGGCAUCAAUUGUACUUUUUGGGCGGGACUAUGAUGGAAGGUGCCAGUGACACCAGUUCAAGUAUCAUUCUUGCUGCGAUCCAGGCGUUUAUCAAAUGGCCUGAAGUCAUGCACAAAGCACAAAAGGAGAUCGACAGUGUUGUUGGAGAAGACCGCUCACCAGUGUGGUCGGAUUAUGCGAGUCUACCUUACAUUGCUGCCACCGUCAAGGAGGCAAUGCGCUGGCGUCCAGUGGUUCCGCUAGCAUUUCCACAUGCUGUUGACGAAGAGGACUGGGUUGACGGUUAUAAAAUCCCCAAAGGUUCUGUGGUCUUCAUCAAUGCGUGGGGCAUGCACCACGACGAGAAAUACUUCCCCAACCCUGACGUCUUCGAUCCAGACCAUUACAAAGGUGUCACGGCACUGGCAUCUGAACUCGCCCAGGCCAGCAAUCCAGACGACAGGGAUCAUUACGGAUACGGUUCAGGGAGGCGUCUGUGCCCGGGCAUUCACCUUGCAGAAAGAAACCUGUUCCUUGCCAUUGCCAAGUUGCUCUGGGCAUUCGACUUUGCACCAGGAAAGAAUGAGAAGGGAAAUGUCGUCGAGCCAGACAUCGAUCCUACCACAGGCUACAGCGAAGGCUUCCUGGUCUGCGCGAAGCCGUAUGCUUUGGAUGUCAAAGUCCGAUCAGAUAAAAGACGUGAAACGAUCCACAAGGAGUAUGAGGAGGCAAAGAGAGACGUCUUCGCAUCGUUCGACAGCUAGAUGUCAACUCAGAACCACGGAACACAAGAGGCUGCACAGUGGGGUCAUUGGGUUGGGGUGAAAAGAUACCUGAAACUGGAUGACUGGGAACGAUAGCUUGAGCCGUGCAAGCAAAAAGCU